UGUGGCAGCAUUUGCAUGUCAGUUUAUGUGGAUGCACCAGUCCUGCCACCUCACCUCCCUGUCUAACCCCACCUAUCUGCCCACCCUACCUAUCCUCCACGUACCCUCCAUGCAAACCCCCAAACCUACUAUAAAUCCCCACCACCACCACCACCACUCUUCCCUCACCCACCACCACCACACCAGAGAAUUAAUCACUCACAAUGGCAAAGCUUGCAGUCCUAGCACUAGCCCUUUUUGCCCUGAUCGCCCUCGACCAAGCCUCCGCCUUCCGCACCACCAUCACCACCACCGUGGACGAGGAAAUGGCAGUGGAAAACCCCCGAGGAGAGUCCCAGCAACAGAACUGCCGUGAGCAGUUCCAGCAGCAGCAACAGCUCCGUGACUGCCAGAGGUACAUGGCGCAGCAGGCACAGCGAUUUGCAAACCCGAAGCACCGCAAGCAAGGCCUCGACGAAUGCUGCAACUAGUUGGAGAAAAUGGACCAGGACUGCCAG